GGAUUCUGGGCUGUGCUUAGAGCCAGGCUGUUGCUGAGUAUUCAGGAGUGAGAGGAGCAAGAAGCGGCUAAGAGUUGGAGCCAGAUUAAGAGCUGGAGCCUGAGCCAGAGUUGAAGUCGGAGCUGAAGCAGCAGCAAAAGCAGCAGCAACUAAAGAAGUUGAGAAGAUGCUAGUUAUCUUGGGACUGCUCACUUCCUUGCUUUCUUUCCUGUAUGUGACAGCUCCAACCAUCAGGAAGUUCUUUGCUGGUGGGGUAUGUAGAACAAAUGUGCAGCUUCCUGGGAAAGUGGUGGUGAUCACCGGCGCCAAUACAGGCAUUGGCAAGGAGACAGCCAGAGAGCUCGCUCGCAGAGGAGCCCGAGUCUACAUUGCCUGCCGGGAUGUACUAAAGGGGGAGUCUGCCGCCAGUGAAAUCCGAGCAGAUACAAAGAACUCCCAGGUGUUGGUUCGGAAACUGGACCUGUCAGACACCAAAUCCAUCCGAGCCUUUGCUGAGGGCUUUCUGGCAGAGGAAAAGCAACUCCAUAUCCUGAUAAAUAAUGCAGGGGUGAUGAUGUGUCCAUAUUCCAAGACAGUUGAUGGCUUUGAGACCCACCUGGGAGUCAACCACCUGGGCCACUUCCUUCUCACCCAUCUGCUUCUGGAGCGGCUGAAGGAGUCUGCUCCUGCACGGGUGGUGACCCUGUCAUCGAUGGUCCACUAUGCUGGCAAGAUUCGCUUCCAUGACCUCCAGGGUGAGAAGCGCUACAGCCGGGGUUUUGCCUAUUGCCACAGUAAACUGGCCAAUGUGCUUUUUACUCGCGAGCUGGCCAAGAAGCUCCAAGGCACUGGGGUCACGGCUUACGCCGUGCACCCGGGCAUUGUCCGCUCGGAGCUGGUCCGGCACUCCUUCCUCCUGUGCCUGCUCUGGAGGCUCUUCUCCCCAUUCCUCAAGUCAGCGUGGGAAGGGGCGCAGACCAGCCUGCACUGUGCCCUGGCUGAGGAUCUGGAGCCCCUGAGUGGCAAGUACUUCAGUGACUGCAAGAGGACUUGGGUGUCUCCAAGGGCCCGAAAUAACAAAACAGCUGAGCACCUAUGGAACGUCAGCUGUGAGCUUCUAGGAAUCCGGUGGGAGUAGCUGGUGGAGAAGCCACAGCUUUAUCAGGCCCAGUCCACACCAUCAUGAAAAGGGACCGAGGAGAAGGUCAACCCUGAAGGACUGCCCUCCUGGCUGGCUGCUGCUGUGAUUCGGGUCCUGCUCCGAUCCUCCUAACCCUUCUGGAAACCUUUGCACACUCAUCCCUCUUGUGAGGCUUACUCAUGGCAUGAGACGCUCACGCCUACACAGCAAUAUUCUCCAAGACAUGGAGAAUGGUUACCUUCUAGGGGCAGGAGGACUGGGCAGACCCCAGGCUGGGCGUGAGGGUGGCUGAAGGGAAAUUGGGUCAGUUUUCGCCCUCACUACCACCAGAAACUCCAGCUGGCAUCCUCAGAUGAGGCGACAGGAGCAUAAGCAUUAUGUGUUUCCAAGGACAUUGGCUCAAAUUCUUGACUACUUGCUUGCUUCUUUGAAAUACUAGUUGCAGCCCUAGAGUCUGCACCAGCUCAGGAAGAUCUUGGCUAUCCCUGGCCAAGUUUGAUUCCUUCCUCUGAGCAACUGGUAGUCACUGCUGUGAAACCGGACCCUCCUGUUUUCAGU